UGUACACAGAUAACAACAUCUUAUCUGGGAAAAGUCUGGAAUAUAUAUUACACAGUACAGUAUGUUACAUUACAGUACUUGAUCUAUUUACUGUAUAUUAUUGGUUUGUCUUACUAGGAACACAUACUGAAAGAAGAGUGCAAUGAUUGAUUUCUGUAGUGAACGCUGUUAUUUGUUAAAUAAGAAAAAGGAAAGCAAAAUAUGCCAGGCAUGUGAGUUAUGAUGCUCACAACAGCACUGGCACACUGGGGUACUGACCAACCUACACUGGCAUUAUUAUCUGCAAAGCAUGCAUUGUGCAUUCAGCAAUGUUGCGUGAAUAUUCAGAUCUGCUUGUCUGGAGAGCUCAGCACUGCGCUUGUUGAAUUAACCUUGGACACCAUUUUCUGUAAAAACAUGGCUUUCUUCUGCAAUGUCUCUUUGGUGAGGAACUUCUUGCUUUCAGUGUGUAGAUCAGCUGGUGCCAAUGAAGACUUCACAGAGGAAGACGACAUGACAACAGGAAAUCUGGGGCCUCUAAUGGAACCCCAUCCGCCAGAAAGCUCUUCGGACAAUGAGGAAGAAACAGUGUCCCUCGCAGCGGGGCAAGAAUUCUCCACAGAUGUGCAGCUCACAUUUUGUGUGAUGAGACGGUCAUGUGGGCUUCAGGAUUCAGCCCUGCAGGAGGGGGUCAGAACGAGGCUGAGGAUUGUUGAGAGCAGUGGUCAGGAAAUACCUGAGCUGUUCAAGGGUUUGUCAGCUAGGCUGGUAUCUGUUCACAUUGAAAGAGACUGCUUUUCCAUCACCUUCAAGACAGUAGAAGAGAUCUGGAAGUUCUCAACGUAUCUUGUGCUAGGACAUGUUGCCCGCUGUUUGGAGAACUUUCUGUUUGACCAGUCUUUCUGGUUGAAUGAAGCCCUUGUAGAUGAUGUGGAGAUCAGUGUGACACUAAAUCAAGAACAUCUUGCAACAGUGUACCUGGGGCUGCUUCUGCAGGAAGGGACAUUCUUUGCCAAAGCCCUGUGCCCCAUUACAAACCCUGACGAUGAUGACCUGUGUAUCAAAAAGAACGACCUGGUCAUGGUGAAGAACGUUGGUCAGGAUUCGUUUUGGGAAGGCAUGUUGCUCUCUUCAGGGCGACAUGACUUAGUGCCAGUGUCAGCCAUGCAACCCCUUCCUUACCCUUUUCACCAGUGGUUCCUCAAGACAUACCCAGGAAGUGCUGGUAGUCCAUCCCCCGGCAAAUGCCUGUUUGACCACGCCAUUGGUAAAGGCACCUGUGUUGCUGUAGUGGAUAACAAUUCAAAAGGGACGGAUGAACUCAAUUUUAACAAAGGGGAGCAGUUAGAAAUUGUUGGCUUCCUUCUCUCUGGGCUGGAGUGGUUUGUAGGAAGAUGUGUCUCCAGUGGAAAAACAGGAUUUGUCCGAACAAUACAUGUGAAACCAGAGAGUUUUAAACCACUAGAUACACAUUUAGUCUUUCUGAGUGAAGAAGAGAAAGCAUUACUAACCAUGUUAGACCCCAGCAAUGAACAAUGUUACGAUACUCUCUUGAACAACCUUGCAAAAACUGACAUCAAUACAGUUUACAGACUAGAUAAAUUGGUAAAAUCCGAAUUUCCAGAUCUUAAGAACAAAUCACAGCUUGAAGAAAUGAGUUUGGAUGGGUUCACAGAAAGCUCCGUGUUAGAAAGAUAUGAAACGGUCCCCACUGAGCACUCGCCCGAGCAAACUGACUCAAAAUCUCAGUGCUCAAACAAAGACAUUACAUGCCUUACAUUCAGCUCUGAAGAUACAUUCAAGGAAAUGGAUGAACUUGAAGAGGAUCCAAAAUUCUUUGUAGAUCUUAACACCUGGGAUACAGAGGACUCUGAAUUUUUUGAACCAAUUCUGACGUUCCUAAAUGAAGAUCAUUAUGUUUCACACUACCAGAGCCUCUAUGACAUCUCCUUUUCCUUUCUGAAUUCCACCUUCUAUGGAUUUUCAGAAGAGGGUGAGCUAGUUCAGUAUCUGGAGAAUGCAAGGGAAUGGGCAAAGAAAAGCAGAAUGAACUGGGCUCUUAGGAGGAUCUGUUUUCUUUUGGGUAGGCUUUGUGCAAAAAAGGUGAAGUUCUCACAGGCUAGGGUUUACUUUGAAGAAUCACUUGGUGUCACGGGCUGUGGGUUUGCUGACACAUUUCUGUUAACUGCCCUCUACAUAAACCUUGCAGCUAUCUACUUGAAACAAAAUAUGAAAGAAAAGCUGGAAGUGAUUUUGGAAAAAGCCAACUCACUGUUCCUUUGCCUUCCUCAACACCUCUUCAGCUCCUUGAAUGAGUUUGAAGUUCUACAGCUUGUCCUUAAGAAAGCGAUUAUGACAAGUGAUAUGCACUUAGAGGCCCGGACCUGUUUUCUUGUCAUGACCCUCUUCUUAAAACUUGGAAGGACGGAAGGAGCCUUGCCCUUUGUGGAACGUCUGCAGUUUCUCUCACUUAGCAUCUCUGCCCAAACCACAGUUUCCCCUGUGGACCUGAAUUGGAUGCUGAGCACACUCUACUAUGACAAGUACCUGCCACAUAUGUCUUUGGGGUCAUUAAGACUUGCUUCAGAUCAAAGACGGUCCCUUCAUGCUACUCUUCAGAAUGUGGACCGGUUUAUUCAAAAUGCCAUUAGACUCAAUGCACAAUGGGCAGGAGAUAACUCACCUCUCCCAGCACAAAUAACAAUUUACCUCAAGCAAGCUUUAGCUAUUGCAAGCCAAAGUGGUGACAUACAGGCCCAAAGAGACCUGUGUCUGAGUUUGGUCAAUGUAUAUCAACAUUAUAGAGUUUUUGACGGCGCAGUAGAGUAUGCUGAAAGAGCUAUAGAGACCGGGAGACAAAUCAAUGAAGAAGAGGCUUUUAAAGCUUCACUGUUGUUGGCCUGGUUGCUCAUUUGUAAUGAACAAGUGGAAAAGGCCUCAGAUAUACUGGCGUCUCUCCUCAAAUCUCUGGAUGAAACGGACAGUUCUACACAAAGAGGGGUUGUUCACAAUCUCCUGGCCAUUUGCUUACGGAAAGAGAAUAGGAUCAAGGAGGCAGCUGGUAACUUGUACUGGGCACUGAAAAAGUCUCAAGAAACUGGAAACAAAAGAAAUCAAGCACUCACACUGGCUAACUUCGGCUACCUAGCGCUUUCCAUUAGGGCCUACGUUCUGGCUGAGGGUUACCUCCUCAAGUCACUUCAGCUCUUUUCAGAACUCCUUGACAGCUCCACAGAUGCAGACCACGUGCAGGCUUGUCUCUUGCUUGGGCAGUGCUACAUUGAGACAAAGCGGACUGAGGAUGGGAGGCUGUGCUAUGAAACAGCCCUUCUAAUAGCUAUGAGUGCCAGGAAUCUACACAGUCAGCUGCAUGCUGCUAAAUCGCUCAGCUGUUUUUAUGAGAAGGUUUUGCCCAGACUCGGACAGUGUAUUAUAUAUUAUGAACACUGUGUGUCACUGUCGAGACAGCUGAAGGAUAAAAGGCUGGAAGGAGAGCUUUUAGAAACUCUGAGCAAACUCUAUUCAUCACUGAAAACAGAAAAAGCCUGUAGAAAGUCCUUAGAUUACACCAAGCAGAGCCUCAGAAUUUUCAUUGACCUGGGAAAGAAAGACAAAGAAGCUGAAAGCUGGCUUCAGGCAGGGAGAAUCUACUACAUGAUACGAGAAAAUGAACUGGUGGAGAUGUAUCUACAGGCAGCUAUCGAGACGGCUCAGAGGAUGAAUGAUUCACAGUUUGUCAUGAGGAUGUAUGAAGAAGCUGGGGAUGUCUUUUAUAAAGGGAAUGGACACAGAGAAGCUGCAAUAGCUUUCUACAGGGAUGGAGCUGUCCCCCUUUCCAGAAGUACUGGCGAUGCAGAUUCAGAAUUACGCCUAAUUAAUAAACUUACAGAACUAGAAACAAACUUGAAGCACUAUGACGAUGCUCUGCAAUACGCCACUCUUGCUGUGAGACUAAGUGUAUCUACAGGUGACCAGUUGAAAGAGCGGAUUGCAUUCCAUCGCCUGGCAAGUGUACAUUAUUCUCUCCAGCAGUACGAAAUGGCUGAGAAUUACUAUCUGAAAGCUCUUUCCUUGAGCCCGUUGCAGUGUGUCAAAGAGGCCAGGUACUUUGUUAAAGUCUAUUACAGACUAGGGGAUUUAACUCUGCACAAACUAGAGGAUGCCUUGGAUGCAUCAGGUUACUUUAACCUGGCCCUGGCUGCAGCACUUGAAGAACUUGAGAACAAAGAAGCGCUUUACAUCAUUUACAUAAAGCUUGCAGAGAUACAUGCUAGUCACGUGCCAGAUGAGAAGCUCCACAGCUUUUUCAUGAGCAAUGCACAAGCUCUCAGGAAAGAACCGGCCCCAGACACAGACACAUUCUGCUAACAAUACAAACUGUGAUGCUUUAAGGGCUGUACAUGUUUUGAAAUAUACAGUUCAGUCUGGUUCACAUUGUACAGUACAUAGUGUUAUGGUAAAAAGAACUAGACUUUUUUUUUAUUGAGUGGGUCAUGCACUAUGGAACAACGGCUCAUGUACCAAAAUAUCUUUGUUUCUUUAUCUUGUGAAUACAGCCAGUAAUUGUUAUGUAGUAACUUGUUUUGUACGUGAACAGACAUUCUGUGUCAUGUUUGUCCAAACUUGCACCAUCUACUGCUUGUCAACAAUUUUAAUCGGAGUUGGUAGAGUCCAACUCAAAGAUGUGUUUUAUAAGGACUUGGAAACACAAACUCAAACUUGAAAAUAAUAAAAUAAUUUUUUUUUUCUUCAGUCUUUAAUUAAGUCUUUAAUUAAGCCCUUUCCCCAUUGUUCUCUCAAUAAAUCUUGUUGUAAAUAUCUACCUAUGGGUCAGAGCUGUACUGUGAACCCUGCAGUGCUUCUAAUGUAAAGUAUGUGAAAAUGGAAUGUACAGUGUGUAAAUAAAGUUAUUAUCACAUUA